AUGGACGACAGCGAUAAUGACGAUUCCGAACAGGAAGAAAAGUUUAUUGCCAACGAGAAUAUUGCAGCUAAUCGAAAAAAUAAGAAAUCAGGAGGAUUCCAGUCGAUGGGAUUGAGUCAUCCCAUCUUCAAGGCUGUACUUCACAAGGGUUUCAAAGUCCCUACACCUAUUCAGCGCAAAUGUAUUCCUCUUGUCAUGCAAGGCAACGAUGUCGUCGGAAUGGCCCGCACGGGUUCCGGCAAAACCGCCGCCUUUUUGAUUCCCAUGUUGGAAAAGUUAAAGACCCAUUCGGCCAAAGUCGGUGCACGUGCCCUUAUUCUAUCGCCUUCUCGUGAAUUGGCUAUGCAGACGCAAAAAGUGUGCAAAGAAAUGGGCAAAUACACCGAUUUGCGCAGUUGUUCCUUGGUAGGUGGUGAUAAUAUGGAUGAUCAGUUCAACAUGCUUGCCAGCAAUCCCGAUAUUCUGAUUGCCACUCCUGGUCGUCUGCUGCAUUUGGCCGUGGAAAUGGAAUUGGACUUGCGUACCGUGGAAUAUGUCGUUUUUGAUGAAGCCGAUCGUUUGUUCGAAAUGGGUUUUGCUGUUCAGUUGCACGAAAUCUUGUCCCGUCUGCCACCCAACAGACAGACCCUUCUUUUCUCAGCUACCCUUCCCAAAAUGUUGGUCGAUUUCGCCAAAGCCGGUUUGCAAGAACCUACCCUUAUCCGUCUGGAUGCCGAUACCAAGAUUAGCAAGGAUUUGGAGAUGGCCUUUUUCUCUGUGAAAGAGGUGGAAAAAGAAGCCGCAUUGCUUUACCUUUUACGACAUGUGAUCAAGUUACCAAAGACGACUCAGAAUACCGAUACGCCGAAUGACAAGAAAAAGAAGAAGAAGACGAUGAAACGCGCGGCUACCGAAGCGGAUCGACAGACCAUUCUUUUCGCAGCGACAAAGCAUCACGUCGAAUAUCUCGCUACUCUCUUGAGCAUGGUCGGAUAUCAAGUAUCGUACGUAUAUGGUUCUCUCGAUCAGACUGCUCGUAUCAUCCAGAUUAAUCGCUUCCGAACGGGUAUGACCAACUUGCUUGUUGUCACGGAUGUGGCUGCCCGUGGUAUCGAUAUCCCUAUUUUGGAGAAUGUGAUCAAUUACGAUUUCUGUGCCUCUUCCAAAGUGUUUGUCCAUCGCGUCGGUCGUGCUGCUCGUGCGGGCCGUCGCGGUUGGGCUUAUUCACUCAUGACAGCCGAGGAACUGCCAUACCUAGUCGAUCUGGAGUUAUUCUUGACGCGCCCAUUAGUUGUCGGUUCUACCAAGAAGGAACUGGAUUACACCUCGGAAUUGGUGGUGGGUACAUUACCCAAGGAUGGUUUGGGUGACGAUAUUGCCUGGUUGCAACAGAAAAUCCAAGACGAUGCCUCUUUGGAAGGUCUUUACAAAACCGCCAUGAACGCAUAUAAACUAUAUAACCGCACCAAACCCCGUGCUGCUCCCGAAAGUUAUACAAGAGCCAAAGAGGUGAUCAAGCAGCCUUCUUGGACGGCUCUCCACCCAUUGCUAGUGAACGAAGAUAAUAGUAAUGAAAUGGAGCAGCAACGUUUGGAUUUAAUCAGCAAGAUUUCCGGUUUCCGACCAAACGAGACUAUUUUUGAGGUGGGACAACGAGGAACAAAAAAGAUUAGCGACGCUACAGUGAUUAUGCGCCAACGUCGACAGACCGUGGGCAAAAUCAUUCACGCUCAUAAAUCGCAAAUAUUGGAACAGUCUCAAGAGGCACCUGCGGUAAUUGAAGCGGCCCCUGUGACCGAUCUGGGUGGCGAUGUGGAUGAAUCGGAAUUAGCAAACACAUUCAAGAUCCCUGCCGCCAAAGAGAAGAAGAGUUAUCGUGAUGAAGAAUUCUACCUGUCAUAUCAACAAAAGGAUUUCAACACUGAACGAGGCUAUUCCAUGAACACCUCGGGUAACUUUGUGGAGCAAGCAGGCAAAGCUCAAUUGGACUUGAUUGGUGAUGACAAUGAUACCAUGCGAUCCACUAAGAAUCUGUUACGAUGGGAUUCCAAGAAGCGAAAGUUUGUCAAGGGCACGGGUAUUGGCAGCGACAACAAGAAGAUGAUUCGUACAGAAAGCGGUGCUCUUAUUUCUGCUUCCUUCAAGAGUGGUCGUUUCGAUGAAUGGGCCAAGAAAACACGUAUUUCAAUGCCUCGAGUUGGUGAACUGGAAUUGAAUUCCGCCAAGUCGAUGCAGCAGAAACGGUUCCGUCAUAAUCGUGUGGAAGAGGGCAAAGCAUUGGAUCCUUUGGCUAUUGAUUAUGAAAAGAAGAUGAAGAAACGAAAGCGUGACGAGGACGAUACCGGCAAGCAGGAUAAGAAUAAGAAGGCCGCUUUGGGACAGAAACGUGUCGGUGGCAAGAAUGUGCGAAGCGAAUUGAAGAAUGCAGGCCAGAUCCGAAAGCAGCGUAUCAUCAAAGAAAAGCGAAGAGAAAAGACCGGUCGAGCUCCAAGAAAAGGCAAGAAAGGUCGAUUUUAA